AUGGAUAACAAGAAUAUUGCGGAGAGAAUCAAGAAGCUUCAGGCUCAACAAGAGCAUGUCAGAAUCGGAGGAAAGGUAUUUCAGCUAUAAUUUUAUUUCUGUUUUUCAUCAAUCAUUUUCCAGGGAACUCCACGCAGAAAGAAGAAGGUGAUCCACAAGACCGCUGCUGCUGACGACAAGAAGCUCCAGAGCAACUUGAAGAAACUCUCGGUCACCAACAUUCCAGGAAUCGAGGAGGUAAUAAUUUAGUUGUUGUGAUUUUUUAAACGAGUACUUUUGCAGGUGAACAUGAUCAAGGAUGACGGAACCGUCAUUCACUUCAACAACCCGAAGGUCCAGACCUCGGUUCCGGCCAACACCUUUCUGUCACCGGAUCGGCUGACCACAAGCGUAAGCGCCAUUUGUCUCAGAAUAGUUGUGUAUUUUUGUGUUGCAGAAAUCACCGAGAUGCUCCCAGGAAUCCUUAACCAGCUCGGCCCAGAGUCCCUUACCCACCUUAAGAAACUUGCCAACAACGUCACCAAGCUCGGACCUGACGGAAAGGGGGAUGAUGAGGAUGUGCCAGGUAGAUCGCAAUGUUGCCUUCAUCUGUCUUAACCACUAAUUUACAGAACUUGUUGGUGACUUCGAUGCCGCUUCUAAGAACGAGACCAAGGCCGACGAGCAGUAAGCCACUAUCCUUUCAUCGAUCAAUUCGCGAGUCUUGUGAGAUGAACGGUACGGAUAAUAUCCGCAUUAGUGUAUCCCAUUCUUCUUGUUACUGUUGAUCGAUUUUCAAUGAAUCUCUUUAAAAAAAUAUACUUGCUCUGUCACCUUUCUUCCACCACAUCCCAUUAGUGUUCGUUGUUAUACUUGUUUUGUAUACAAAUUUAUUCCCCGAUCCUCAAAUGGCUAAUAAAUUUUAGCUAUGUAAAGCAAGCUUUUCACGUUCCAAAAAUGACAGUAGCUCUAGUGGGGUGCUGUGGAGCUGUUUAGUAAUAUCAUCCUCGGUGUUUCGUUUCUCGUUAACAUUGGGUAGCUUUCCACUGACACCUUCCAUUCUGUUGAACUCUCAAUAAAUAUUGCACAUUCAACGGAAUUUCCUCAAUUUGUUCGUCGAGGUUAGACAAUCCAAAACUAUUGAGUGAUUGGCAGUUGAAUAAAAACAUGAGAACACAAAAGUGGAUAGAUGGCCGACAGCCAAGGCAGUUCGUCUGCUCAACAGCUUUUGGCUCUUCGGGUGAUGAGAUUGGCUCGUCCGAAGUUUGCGCCACUGGAUGCGUUCUCACACGAUCCGGUCGAUCCGACGGGGUUCGGUCAGUUGAUUGCAUCGAAAGUGUCUGAAACUUCGAAAGAACCGAGAAUCGAUUUACCGAUCGGAGAGUUUCUGAUUGCUCCACAAAUGUUUGAGUGAGCAAGUUAAGCAAGAACUCCAGAGACAAAUGGAUAAUUCAGGAACAUUUAUUUGGGAGAGACGUUCACAUUCUACGUAAAUGUUGUGAAUGAAAGCGAGAAAAGUGUUGUGAAUGUUGUUCUGAAAGUGAGUUCACUCCGUUGCCAUCCAGAUCCCGGAGACGUGGAUUUUCAGUGCGAGCUGCAGACGGCGACGCAGCGAGUGACUCUUCCGUGCUCAAUUCAAGACGGCACGAUCGAAGCGUCAAAAUGCGACGGUCAAGUGAUCAGCCAUGAAGUGAAGGAGAUCGGCCAGCACAUGUUAGUUCCCCCUCGCAAACGAGCCGCCCGUUCUAAUCCGCCGUUUCCAUGGCACCCAAUAAAUUCCUUGCAGUCUGAUAUGCUCCGUCAAUUACAAAACACUGUCCGGCGAGAACAUGUACUUCCGCAAAUUCUUUAAAUUCCCCGUUUCCAAACCGAUUGAUGUGAAGACAAAGUUUUAUAGUGCGGAGGUGAGCAUUUUCAAAUUGUUUUCUUCAAAAAUUAAUUUGAUUUGCAUGAUUCGUCCUUCGAGUGCUGUGAUUUUAUGUCGUUUGUUUAGGACAAUGCGGUGAGAAAAUCCCAAUUUCAGUUGCAUCUAUUCCAAUCAAAAAUUCAGAAUCAAGACGUCUACCUGGAGGCUCAAAUCGAGAACACUUCGAGUUUGAAUAUGUUUAUGGAAAGAGUAGAGCUGGAACCAAGCCAACACUACAAAGUGAGCACUAUCUCGCACGCGGAAGAAUUCGAAGAGACCGGAGCACUUCUGAAGCCGAAAGACAUUCGACAGUUUCUGUUCUGUUUGUCUCCAGUUGACGUGCACAACACGCUCGGAUACAAAGAUCUGACAAGCAUCGGGAAGUUGGAUAUGUCGUGGAGGACGGGAAUGGGAGAGAAAGGACGGCUUCAGACGAGUGCCCUGCAAAGAAUUGUCAGUCUCGAAUUACAUUCGUUCUCUGAGUUUUAUGCUUUCAGGCUCCUGGAUACGGAGACGUCCGACUCUCCGUCGAGAAGUCUCCCGCUUGCGUCACCGUUCAGAAACCGUUCGAGGUGGUCUGCAGACUGUACAACUGCUCGGAAAGAGCUCUCGAUCUGCAGCUCCGUCUGGAACAACCCUCCAACCGUCAGCUCGUCUUCUGCUCGCCUUCUGGAGUCUCCCUCGGCCAGUUGGCUCCUUCCGGCCAUGUGGAUUUCACAUUCGACGUCUUCCCAGUCUCCGUCGGAAUUCAGAGCAUUUCUGGCCUCCGAAUCACGGACACUUUCAGCAAGCGAAUCUACGAACACGACGAUAUCGCUCAGAUUUUCGUCAGCUAA